AUGGUAGCUGGGUCGCAGAUCAAGACUGAUGAAGCUGCUACAGACUUGGCUAGCAGAGGGAAGGGGAACUACUGGACCUUAGACCCAAACUGUGAGAAGAUGUUUGACAAUGGGAAUUUCCGGCGCAAGCGCAAACGGCGCUCUGAGCCUAACACCCCCACUGUGGUGUCCUCCGGGGGGGGCCUGAAGGCUGAGGAAGGGCCUCCCAUCCCGGCUGCUGCAGGCAAGCCCUGUGGAAACAGCCCCUCCCCAGAGCUGGAACUAUCACCUGCCAGGGACCAUCCCAAAAGCUCCUCUUCUCCGGGCAUCAUCUCAGCCACCCCGGGCUGCCUGAGCACCUUCUUCAGUAGCAUGAGCUCACUGAGCAGCGGAGGGAGCCGCCUGGCAGGAGGCUUCAGCAGGGAGCUGCACCAUCGGAACUUCCCCACUGGGCAGAUGAGUGGUGGCACCUUCACUGCCUCCUCCAGCAGCUCCUCCCAGGAAGGGCACCCACCAGACCAGCUGCAGCGAGUUCCAGGGCCCACUGCUGCCUAUUACAACUCCUUCCACCCCAGCAGCAGCAGCAGCAGCCAGGGCGCCCAGUACAACCAUUACUACAACUUCACAGUAAACAGCCUCAUCUACGCCCGGGAUGGCACCGAGGUGUAGGGCCUGGAUUGCAACUCGACGGAACGAGAAAGGCUGGUUCAUUCAGCAACGAGGAAGACCCCAGGCUUUUGCAAACUGCGUUUGAAGCAGGACACUUGCAGUAUGUUUUCCCAGGAAGAAAAACUUACAAUCUAUUAAAUAUAUACGUACACACACACACAAUGUGGAGUAUUUCCCUACUCGUCCCUGCAAAAUCACUGAUCCACACAGGAUGCCUGUUUGCCACGAAAUUCUGCAAAUGAGAACCAGAACUGGAUUAGUGACUUCAGAGGGUUUUAAUCUUGAAUGUAGAGUUAAAAAAAUAACUACAAAGAGAAAGCAGCAAGGACCAAAUAUAGAGACAUAGCAGGGGAGUAUUGCCUGUUGGUCAUUUAUUUGUGAACCUCUGUUUACAAGUGCUUUGGUCUUGGAAGAGAAAAAAAAUGAAGAGAUUUCUAAUGAAGUGCCUUCUAAAAAUCCCUAUGUCCGUGAUUGCCUGUUUAGGUAAUUGCUUUAGGCCUCGAUCCUGCAGUGUACAAUGCCUGGGUAGAUUCUUUGCCCACACAGAACCCCUUUAGAUACAGAGUGGCUCCAUGCGGGUUCGCCAGGCUGCCUGUGCUUUGUAUAUUGAAGAAUCAGAGCCUUAAUUUUGUAAAAGAAUCAUUUUACUUAAGCUUAGUACCAAAGACACACAAUCUAGCCAUACAGCUUUUAGCAAGAGAAUAAACACAGUGAAUAUUUUUAUACAUAUUUGUAUGUAAUGUACUACUCUGUACAUACGUUUCUAUGGGAUUUUAUAUUUGUAAAUUAUGCUCUGGAGUUGUUCUUAUUUAUAAUGUGUUUGACAUUUGGGAAAGUUUAUUUUGCCCUUCCUUUCCCUCACCCCCAUUC